AUGGCGAAGACGCAGAAGAAGCACGGCAAGGGCCGUCUUGAUAAGUGGUACAAACUCGCCAAGGAAAAGGGUUACCGCGCGCGUGCCGCCUUCAAGCUCAUCCAGCUCAACAAGAAGUAUGGAUUCCUCGAGAAGGCCAAGGUCGUGCUCGAUCUCUGCGCUGCGCCUGGCUCGUGGUGCCAGGUUUGCGCAGAGACGAUGCCUAAGGACAGCUUAAUCAUUGGUGUCGAUCUUGCCCCGAUUAAGCCCAUCCCCAAGGUCAUCACCUUCCAGAGCGACAUCACCACCGAGAAGUGCCGUGCCACCAUCCGCUCGCACCUUAAGACCUGGAAGGCCGACGUCGUCUUGCACGACGGUGCCCCCAACGUCGGUACCGCAUGGGUGCAGGAUUCGUACAACCAGGCCGAGCUGGCCCUGCACUCGCUCAAGCUGGCUACUGAGUUCCUGAUCGAAGGAGGUACCUUCGUAACCAAGGUGUUCCGCUCCAAGGAUUACAACAAGCUCCUGUGGGUUUGCAACCAGCUCUUUACGAAGGUCGAGGCUACGAAGCCGCCAUCGUCGCGUAACGUCUCCGCCGAAAUCUUCGUCGUAUGUCGCGGUUUCAAGGCGCCGAAGCGCAUCGAUCCUCGCCUGCUCGAUCCUCGCUCCAUCUUCGAGGAUCUGGCCGACCCCGCCCCGAACAACGAGGCCAGAGUGUACAAUCCAGAGCAGAAGAAGCGCAAGCGUGAAGGUUACGAGGAGGGCGACUACACCCAGUACAAGGAGACUUCUGCGAUUGAGUUCAUUAACACCACGGACCCGAUUGCGAUUCUCGCCAAUUACAACAAGCUCAGCUUUGAGCAGCCUCCGAACGGCGACGUUGCCCUUGCCGCGCUCGAAAAGCUUCCAGAGACAACUAAGGAGAUCCGUGCCUGCUGCGACGACCUCAAGGUGCUUGGUAAGAAGGACUUCCGUCUGCUGCUAAAAUGGCGUCUCCGGGUCCGUGAAAUCUUUGGCCUGCCCAGCAAAAAGACUGCCAAGCAGCAGCCGCUGGUCGAAGAGGAAGCCAAAGUCGAGCCGAUGGACGAGGAGCUCAAGAUCCAGGAGGAACUGGAGCGCAUUAAAGAGAAGGAGCGGGCCAAGAAAAAGCGCGAGCGCCGUAAGGAAAACGAGCGCAAGCACAAGGAAAUCGUCCGCAUGCAGAUGCACAUGACGACGCCCAUGGAUAUCGGUAUGGAGCAGGAAGGGCCACGGGGUGACGGUGCUUUCUUCCGACUGAAGGAGAUCGACCAGACCGAUGCCCUGCGCAGGAUCGCCAAGGGCAAGAUGGCUAUGCUCACAGAGGCCGAGCAGGCGGAUCGUGACUCUGGUAUUGGGUUGUCUCCCGAUACGGAUGAUGAUAGCGAUGAGGAUGGUGACCAGCUCGAACGGGAGCUUGACGCGAUGUACGAGCACUACAAGGAGCGUAAGGCCUCGCAGGAUGCCAAGUACCGCGCUAAGCGGGCCCGGCAGGAGGUCGAUGAUGAGGAAUGGGAGGGUUUAUCGGCAGACGAGAAGGGCAGUGAUGUUGAUAUGGACGACGAUGACUCAGAGAGGCUGGAGGAGGACAGCAGUGACGAGGAGGCCUGGUCAGACGACGAGGAGCUUGACACCAGCAAACCGCUGAUCAAAGAUCUCUCCGGUGCACCUCAAGAUGGAAGUGGCUUGUCGAAGCGGGCCCGCGGCUUCUUUAGCCAGGAUGUCUUCCAGAAGAUCCCCGGGUUAUUGGAUACUGUAUCUGAGAGUGAGGAGGAGCAGGAUUCAGAUGACAACGACGGGAUACCCAGCAUCCAGGAGCAGAAGCGUAUGCAGAAGGAGAAGAAAGAGAAGGAGGCGAAAAAGCAGGAUGAUGACGACUUUGAGGUCGUCAAGGAACACGACUCCGACGACGACUGGGAGGAGAAGGAGAAGAAGAGCAAGGACGGCAGGCCUAAUAUUGAUAUCAUUACCGCCGAAGCUAUGACCCUGGCGCAUCAGCUUGCAACAGGCGAAAAGACAAAGGCCGACCUGAUUGACGAAGGCUACAACAAAUACGCCUUCAAGCAGAAAGAGGGCCUUCCCGACUGGUUCUUGGAGGACGAGGCCAAGCACGACAAGCCAAUCAAGCCAAUUACCAAGGAAGCGGCGCAAGCCAUCAAGGAGAAGCUCCGGGCGCUCAACGCUCGGCCUAUCAAGAAAGUUGCGGAAGCGCGUGCUCGCCGCAAGCUCAGGCAGGCGAAGAAGCUGGAGAAGCUCAAGAAGAAGGCGGAUCUAUUGGUGGACGAGGAGGGCAUGUCGGAGAAGGAGAAGGCGACAACCAUCGCCAAGAUGUUGUCUGCUGCCGCGCGCAAGAAGCGCAGGCCGCAGGUUAAGGUUGUUAAGGCGACGGGCGCGAAUAGAGGUAUCAAGGGCAGGCCGAAGGGUGUUAAGGGCAGGUAUAAGAUGGUUGAUGGUAGGAUGAAGAAGGAGAUGAGGGCGCUGAAGAGAUUGGCGAAGAAGAAGAGGUAA